GCUGUAGGCUAGCGUAUACGGGCUACCUGAACUGGUGUUUCAUCACUGUAAAAUACACCAAAUAAGGCUGGAUUUUCGUGAGCUAGACAAUUGUUGGAUUGUUUUUCCGACUGAUUAGGUGAUCAUGGCAGAGAAUGCUCCAUCCGUGGCGCGGGCUGCGGUUCUGAAAGAGAGCGUGGCUUUACCGGACGACAUGCUCCGGAUUAAGGGGUACGACUUUAACCAGGGGGUCGACUACAAAGCACUGCUGGAGUCCUUUCUGACCACCGGCUUUCAGGCCAGCAGCUUCGGACUGGCUGUGCAGGAAAUUAAUAAAAUGAUUGAGAAGCGCUUGGAGCCGAUGGAGGAAGAGCAGGCGGAGGGUUAUGAGUCUGAGUGCAGAACAGGCUGCACCAUCUUCCUGGGCUACACCUCCAACCUCAUCAGCUCUGGCAUCAGAGAGACCAUCCGCUACCUUGUCCAACACAAAAUGGUGGAUGUGGUUGUGUCGACAGCAGGGGGGAUUGAGGAGGACUUCAUUAAAUGUUUGGGCUCCACAUACUUGGGAGACUUUAAUUUAUCUGGGAAGGAGCUGAGACAGAGCGGCAUUAACAGAAUUGGGAACCUCUUGGUGCCAAAUGAAAAUUACUGCAAAUUUGAGGACUGGGUGACCCCUAUUCUGGACCAGAUGGUGUUGGAACAACAAACAGAAGGCACCCGCUGGACUCCCUCAAAGCUGAUUCACCGUCUGGGCAAAGAAAUCAACAACCCAGAAUCUGUGUACUACUGGUGCUACAAGAAUGACAUCCCAGUGUUUAGUCCUGCCCUGACUGAUGGCUCUUUGGGAGAUAUGAUUUAUUUCCACUCCUAUAAGACCCCAGGCCUGGUGCUGGACAUUGUGGAAGAUAUUCGACGUUUGAACAGUAAAGCCGUGUUUGCCAAACACACCGGAAUGAUUGUUCUUGGCGGGGGCGUGGUCAAGCACCAUGUAGCUAAUGCCAACUUGAUGAGGAAUGGUGCAGACUUUGCUGUGUUUGUGAACACAGGACAGGAGUUUGACGGUUCCGAUUCUGGCGCCAGGCCGGAUGAAGCUGUUUCUUGGGGGAAAAUCCGAAUGGACGCUAAACCCAUCAAGGUCUAUGCUGAUGCCACCAUCGUGUUCCCUCUGCUUGUGGCAGAGACAUUUGUUCGGAAUGCGAGCAGAUUGACCAGUGAGAAAAAAAGCGAAUAGCAUUUCUUCCUCCGCUCUCUGUAUUGUCUCUCUUCAUGUCCCAUCCCUUUCUCCUAUCUCAUUAUGUCUGUUUUCAUUCCUUAUUUAUUCAUCCCUCCACAACACUGUAUUCUUUUUUUUCCCCCUCUAUGUAAUUCCUCUCUUUUUUUUCUCAUCCCAGUACAGACUCUUCCCUUAGCACAUCUUUCAGAUUCCUUUAUUUAAUGGUUUUAAUUUGUCUCAGGGGUGUAUGUGUGUGUGUGUGCACAUGCGUGCAUGAGUGAGUUUGUGAGAGUGAGUGCAAAAGAGACAUAUUUGCACGUACUUUAUAGUUUUAAAGAAGGGAAUGCACUAUUGGCAACCUGUAGAGAGUUACUGGGCUGGAACACAAUUCUGUAUGGGUGUGUGUGUCUGCGUGUGUGUCUGUGUGUGUGCGUGCAUGCAAAUGCAUGAGAGAACAAUCUCCAUAGCUUAUUCUGUAUUCUUAAGUACUGCUCUGUACGAUACUUAUUUACAGUGAUGCAAAGCCCUCAACACUUAAAAGAGAAUGUCUUAUCUCUGUACCAGUGAAUGACAAAGGCAAUAAAGAAACAAAAGAUGCACCCUGAA